UCUUGUCCUCUACUCUCACAAUUACAUUUUCAUCUAUUCUGCUGCAACCAACCUGCCAUGAGACUUCUCUUAUUCUCUUCCAUCUUGUAUAUGUAUUUGUAUGGUGUUACUGUUACUGUUACUUCACUCAACUCAGAUGGAGUGGCUCUCUUGUCAUUCAUCUCUCACUGGACAUCACUACCUCCUUCCAUAAACUCCUCAUGGAAUGCCUCACAUUCCACACCAUGCUCAUGGCUUGGAGUUAAAUGUGACCCUUCCCACCAUGUACUCUCUCUUAACCUCGCUGAUUAUGACAUUUCUGGUCAACUUGGACCUGAAAUUGCUAAUUGCACCCACCUCAAACACUUAGACCUUACUGCUAACUCUUUCACCGGUCAAAUACCUAACUCAUUCAACAACUUUCACACCCUCACCUAUCUCAGCCUUUCUAAUAAUUUUCUCACUGGUCCAUUUCCUCACUCCUUGACUCAAAUCCCUCACCUCCACCUUCUUGAUCUCUCUUAUAACACUUUUACAGGUCCCAUCCCAACCACUAUUUCCAACAUCACUCAACUCCGUUACCUGUAUCUCCAAAGUAACCACUUUUCUGGUACAAUUCCUUCAUCCAUUUCCAACUGCACUCAACUUCAAGACUUGUUUUUGAAUUCUAACCAAUUGCAGGGUGUCCUUCCUCACACUCUUAACAAUCUCCAUCAUCUACUUCGUUUUGAUGUUGCCGUCAAUACUCUAAUAGGUACCAUUCCAUUAAUGAGUUCUUCCUUUUGUCAAAAUUUACUGUUUUUGGAUAUAUCAUACAAUUUCUUUAGUGGAGGCAUUCCCUCAAGCAUUGGGAAUUGUACUUAUUUAUCACAAUUUGCUGCUGUGGAUUGUAACUUGGUUGGAACUAUUCCAUCCUCCAUUGGUAAGCUCAAAAAGCUAUCCCUUCUACGCCUUUCUGUGAACCAUUUGUCAGGAAAAAUACCUCCGGAAAUCGGUAACUGCAAGUCUUUGAAUGAGUUGCACUUGUAUUCCAACCGACUUGAGGGAAACAUUCCAAGUGAAAUUGGAAAACUGAGUGAAUUGAAGGACCUUGAAUUGUUUUCAAACCAAUUGAGAGGUGAAAUUCCACUUGGAAUAUGGAAGAUUUCAAGUCUUGAGCAUCUAAUUGUGUAUAAUAAUACCCUUUCUGGGGAACUUCCUUUGGAGAUGACAGAGCUCAAGCACCUCAAAAAUAUCUCAUUGUUUAACAACAUGUUCUCUGGAGUCAUACCACAAACCUUGGGAAUGAAUAGCAGUUUUUUGCUAUUGGACUUCACAAAUAACAGGUUCACUGGCAACCUCCCACUAAAUCUUUGUUUUGGCAAAAAGUUGAGAGUUCUGAAUAUGGGAAUCAAUCAACUUCAAGGUAGCAUACCUCCUGAUGUUGGAACCUGUACAACUCUAAGAAGACUCAUUCUUAAACAUAACAACUUCACUGGACCUCUUCCUCCUUUUGAAAGCAAUCCCAAUCUCUUAUUCAUUGAUAUCAGCAACAACAAAAUCCAUGGUUCCAUUCCAUCCACUUUGGGAAACUGCACGAAUCUCACUGACUUUAUUUUUUCAGAUAACCAAUUUAGCGGGCCUAUACCUUCAGAGAUAGGAAACCUCGUCAAUCUUCGGACUCUUAAUCUUGCUCACAACAACUUAGAAGGUCCUUUGCCAUUUCAGCUUUCAAACUGUACCAAAAUGGACAAGUUUGAUGUGGGAUUUAAUUUCUUGAAUGGUUCACUGCCAUCAAGUUUGCAGAGGUGGACAAGGAUAAACACAUUAAUUUUGAGAGAGAAUCAAUUUAGUGGCGGCAUUCCAGUUUUCUUGUCGGUAUUUUCAGAUCUUUCUGAACUACAUAUUGGUGGGAAUAUGUUUAGAGGAAGAAUUCCUAGAUCCAUUGGGGCAUUGCAUAAUUUGAUCUAUGGGUUGAAUCUAAGUUCUAAUGAGCUGAUAGGUGACAUUCCUGUGGAAAUUGGAAACUUGAAAACAUUGCAAGUGCUGGAUCUAUCUCAGAACAAUUUGACAGGAAGCAUACAAGUUCUUGAUGAACUCCCUUCAUUACUUCAAAUCAAUAUUUCAUACAAUUCUUUUCAGGGACCCAUACCAAAUAUGCUAAUGAAGCUGCUUAAUUCUCCCAUGUCAUCAUUUUUGGGGAAUUCUGGGCUAUGUAUCCGUUGUUCACCAUCCAAUAGCUUGGUUUGCACCGAAAGCAGCCAUCUAAAACGAUGCGAUACUGAUAUCAAAACACUUAAUCACAAAGGCCUUGGUAAAGUUGCAACCGUGAUGAUAGCUCUUGGAUCCUCAAUAUUUGUUGUUUUGCUGUUGUUGGGAUUAGUUUAUGUUAUCGCUUUUGGCAGAAAAUCUAAGCAGCAGCAGCAAGUCCAUAUCGAUGCUCAUGGAGGUUCUUCGUCACUUCUUAACAAAGUCAUGGAGGCUACAUCGAACCUAAGUGAUCGGUAUAUUAUUGGCAGAGGAGCCCAUGGAGUUGUUUAUAAAGCCCUAGUAGACCAAGACAAAGCUUUUGCUGUAAAGAAGUUAGCAUUUGCUGCUAGCAAAGGUAAGAACUUGAGCAUGGUCAGAGAAAUUCGAACCCUUGGACAAAUUAGGCAUCGAAAUCUGGUGAAACUGGAAAACUUUUGGUUAAGAAAAGAUUAUGGUCUGAUUCUGUAUACCUACAUGCCAAAUGGAAGCCUUUAUGAUGUAUUGCAUGAAAAGAAACCACCACCAUCUUUAGAGUGGAAUGUCCGAUAUAAGAUAGCUGUUGGAAUUGCUCAUGGGUUGGCUUAUCUUCAUUAUGACUGUGAUCCUCCCAUAGUGCACCGAGACAUCAAACCAAACAACAUACUUCUAGACUCUGAUAUGGAACCACACAUUGCUGACUUUGGUAUUGCCAAACUUUUGGACCAAUCUUCUACUUCAAUUCCUUCCUUAUCUGUGCUGGGCACAAUUGGUUAUAUUGCACCAGAGAAUGCUUACACAACAGCAAGUACGAGGGAGUGUGAUGUGUACAGUUAUGGGGUAGUUUUGCUUGAGCUGAUAACCAGAAAGAAAGUAGCAGAUCACUCAUUUAUGGAGGGUACUGAUUUAGUGGGAUGGGUUAGAUCCGUGUGGACUGAAACAGGAGAAAUAAAUCAAAUUGUUGAUUCAAGCCUUGUAGAUGAAUUUUUAGAUACUAACAUAAUGGAAAAUGUUACCAAAGUACUUAUGGUGGCUUUGAGAUGUACUGAGCAGGAUCCACACAAGAGGUCCACAAUGACAGAUGUUACCAAGCAAUUAUCAGAUUCUUCUAAUUCACAGAAAAUAAGUAAGAAGGGCUAAAGGUUCUCUUGUAUUUAUAUUAAUCAUCAUGAUAACCCUUUUGUUGUAUGCAUUGUGAUUCAAAUGACCCUUUAUGUGGUGAAUACUAUACUACUAUACCUAUAAGCUCUUGUUAAAACAUGUUGUGUGUGAUCUUGAGUUGAGACAAUCUUUAUUAUUGAAAACAAAAAAUCUCAUUGGAGCA